AUGGCCCGACGUCCGCCAGACGCAGCCAUCUUCUCACCAACAAUCGCCCGCCUCGCCGCAUCAACGGCCAAGGAUUGGAACUACGUCGACGGCUGGCUUGCAUCCAAAUACAACGGCCGCACCCCGCCGCAAUUUGAACGCAACCCAGAAACCCUCAAGGCGCUUCUCGCUCUGGCUACACUCAACGAGACGUCCGAUGAGAACCGCCACCUAGUCAGCCAGCUUGACGCCGUUGCUCUUCAGGACAUCAAGACAGCCAGAGAUGCCAAGCAUGCGGCAGGCGAUGAGGACGAGCAAGUGCCAAUAGAUCUCGCCACUUUCAAGGACGAAUUCUACGCCGCCAUCGAAGACAAUCUCACGACAGAAGGAAGGACGGCACUGGACGCCAUGGCCUCUUCUGCCGCGCACCUAGAUAUGGCAUACCCCGAGCCAGCAAGGCUGGCCCAGGCCAUGCUCGACCUGCAGACGCGCAUCUUUGACCUGGAACAAGCUGCUGCCCGCGUGGGGACCAUCCAGAGCCUGGCCGAGUCCGAAUCCGCCAGGCUGGGCGAACUGCUCGCGGAGGUCCGCGGCGACGAGUACCGGCCCCCGGCCGACCUGGCACGACAGAACCUCGACCUCCAGCGCAAGAUCAAAGCCAUGGCCAAGAGGCUGCCCGAGGUGCAGGACAAGGUGGCGUCUCUGGCGCGGACGGUCGGCGUGCCGGACCCAACCAUUCAGCAAGUCAGGGAGGAAGAGGGAAAGUAUCUGGAGUCUCUCGAUCUACGGCGCCGUCUGGACCAGCAGGUCCACGAGUUUGAGGGCUUGCCCGCGGAUGUCGUGCUCGUCAGCUGCUGGAUCGGCUCCGCGACGAAGUGCGCAGCAUCACAGAGCGGCGUGACGCCGUCUUUGAAGGACUCGUCGAGAGGGAGACCCCGCGGAAGGCAAGAUGAUGGCAAGCCGGCCAGCUAG